ACAAUGAUGGUGAUGGUGAUUUGUUUGUUUUUUCUCAAAUGAUAUUUUAUCGUUUGGUUGUUGAUUCUGAUCAAAUUCAUUCGAUAAACAAUGAUGGAAUCACAACAAUCAAUAGUCGAUAAUCGACCUAUUUGUCAAAGCUAUACGGAUAUGGAAGAAUCGCUUCGUGCAGAGCAUCGACAUUCGCGUUUGAAGCAUUCAUUAUUACAUUGGUUUUAUCGUCGUUUUAUUCAAUUACCACCAUCGGAUUCACGUAUUGAUCAUGAUCAUUCAAUACAUACAAUGACAACUACAACAACCGAUUCACCUUGCUCAUCAUCACCAUCAUCAUCAGGUUUAUCACCUGAAAAUACAAUAACAAAUGAAAGAAGAAUGUUAUGGUCAUUAAAUUAUCUUGAAGCAUCAAUAUAUUUGGAAGAAGGAUUAAAUAAUGAUAAAUUUGACCAUCAUCCACAUUUAUUUACCAAAUUACCAAUGUAUUUGAUUGCACAUAAUCGUUUCAUUUAUGCAAUAGAUCUAUUCUGUUGUUGGCUUAUAUUAUCAUUGGCAUUGACAGAAAAACCGGCUGUCGAUCAUUACCAUCUUGCUGAAGCUAUACAUGCUACACUUGAAUUGAUCGCGCUAUCCAUAUUGGCAUUGAUUUUGUUUGUCAAAUUACAAUGGAUUGGUAUAGCGAAAUUUUUCAAACAUGGUCGUACAUUAAUUAAAACCAUCGUAUUAAUAUUGAUGAUUGUCGAAGCGAUUGUGGUUCUUUUGAGACAGGAUACACAUUUUCGUGUCACUCGUUCAUUGCGACCAGUAUUCUUGAUUGAUAAUUUUCAUUUUUUUGGUGUACGACGUGUUAUACGUCAGACAUUUCAAUCAUUGCGUUCAUUUAUCGAUAUGUUGGCCUUAUUGCUAUUUUUUCUCAUAUUUUUCUCAAUAUCAGCAUUUUAUCUUUUCUCCGGUAUAUCAAACUAUUCACAAUUCUCAACCAUUGUGGAAUCAUUUCUUUCAUUGUUCGUAUUACUUACAACGGCAAAUUUUCCCGAUAUUAUGAUGCCAGCAUAUCAAAAAAGUCAAUUUUAUGCCCUGUUCUUUGUCAUAUUUUUAGUGAUUAACCUGUAUUUUUUACUCAACAUUAUGUUGGCCGUUGUUUAUAAUUCAUUUUCACAGAUUGAAAAAGAUAAAUUUCGAAAAUUAUUUCUACACCGUCGUAAAGCUUGUGAUCAUGCAUUUCGUUUGUUAGUCACCGAUAAUAAUAAUGUUAUUGGAUACAUUGAAUUCGAACAUUUUAAUGGCCUAAUGAAUCAUUUGAAACCCCGUUCAAGUCAAAUGGAACGAUUCUUGAUGUAUAAAGCAUUAAUAAUGCAAGUGUUUACACCACAAGAAGAUUUAAAAACACGUCAUCUUCUCGCUCAUCGUAAUGAUAAAAGUUUGAAUAAAAAACAAUCGACCGCUAAUGAUCGACAAUCAAUGAAUGCUGAAGAAUAUUUGCAUCACAUAAUCGAUGCUCAAAAUCAUCAUCAUCAUCAUAAUCAUCUUACAUUGGAUAAAUUCUAUCAUAUUUAUGAAGUGUUGAAUUUACAUUGGGAAAAUCUAGACAAAUCAUUACCAUGGUUUGAUCGUUCUCGUUGUUGUUUUGAUUCACGUUGGUUUCCAAACCUGAUGUAUCGUUUACGUGCGAUUGUUUUGCAUCGAUAUUUUGAUUGGUCUUCAUACAUUGUCAUCAUAAUGGCUGCUUUAUAUCAAUUUUUCGAUGCCAUUAUCGGUUGGAAUGCCAAUCAUGUGCAUAGAAUGUUUUAUUUUUCCACAUCAACACGUACAAUUUGUGCCAUAUUCAUUUCGUUGUAUACGAUUGAAAUGUUACUGAAACUCUCCGCAUUUGGUCCACGUGAAUAUUUCCGCCGGCGUUGGAAUCAAUUUGAUUUCAUCAUUACAAUCGUUAGUUUGAUUACAUUCAUGAUGAAUGAAUAUCUACACGUGACCGCAACAACUACGAUUACGUUAUCGACAUCGUUUUUUUCUUUUCGUUCAUUAAAAUUAUUGAAUCUUUUACGGCGCCAUGUUCAUCGUUAUCGAGAUAUACUUGGUCCAUUUGCGUUGAUCAUUAUCAAACGUUUCAUGUCCGUCACAAUGGUUGUAUUGAUUGUUUAUUAUUUUUUUGCCAUCAUUGCUAUGGAAUGUUUUGGCCAAUAUUCAUUGAUUGAUUGUUGUCAGAAUAGUACAUUGGAGCCAUAUUAUCGCUCCAAUGGUACAACCACAUCAUUUUAUUAUCUAAAUAAUUUUCAAGAUUUAAUUACAAGUUAUAUUACAUUAUUCGAAUUGAUGGUGGUCAAUAAUUGGCAGAUAACAAUGAGUGCCUAUGUUAUCGUCACCGGUAAUCGAUGGUCAUACAUAUUUUUCAUUGCAUUCUACAUCAUUACACUGGUCGUCAUCACUAUUGUCGUUUCGUUUGUAUUGGAUACAUUUAAUUUCCAUAUCGAAUAUAAACAUCGAUUUGGUCCAGAUGAUUCAAUGAGCGUACAAAUAUCUGUGGAAGUUCCUAUUAAUCAACAAGAAUUUAAUCAUUAUCAAUCGUUGGAUAAAGAUUUGAUUGAACAACGACCGUCUAUGAUCAAUUUAUCAUCAUUGGAUUGUGGCUGGUGUUCAUCAUUAUCAAUGGACAAUAAUUUUUCUCGUUUUGAUUAUUAUUCAAAUAAAUUAUUCAACACAUCGAAUCCAUCGUCAUCACCAAUUAGUCUGGGGAUAAAUGAAAAUGUAAAAGAUUUUGAAACAAUUAUUGAAGAAGAAACCGAUACACAGCCAUCUAAUACGACAAUACACAAUAAACGAACCAUAAUGUUUCGUGGUCGUAAAAUUCGUGAUAAAUUCUCAUACAAUCUUCGAAUGUAUCAUGAUGAAUUAGAAAAAUGGAUUAAUCAAUCGGAAUAUUCUUGAAAAAAGAAAAAUGAAUGCAGGUUUCUUUUGGCGCUAGAUG